AUGCCAAUAGUAAAUUCAGAUCAAAUUAAUCCUUGGUUUGUGAAUGGUCAAAACCACAAUGAAGCUUUUGUUGAUUGGGAAGGAAACCGAGUGCGGUAAUUUGACACAUCUAAUUAGAGUAAUAAAACCUUAUAAUGUUCAUAUUUCAAUUUCCAAUUAACAAAAAUAACACUGAAAAUUUCAACAUAAUCUGAAUUUUAUCCUUUCAUUUAGGAAAGUCUUUAGCUUCAAUUUCCAGAAGUAGAUGAAAUUAUUUAUACUUUAUUACCAAAGUCCUCAUAUUAAUUAGCAAUUUGA